CUGGUUUUGACAGAGCGCCUGCGCUUCAGCCCGAUCAGCCGACGUUUGUCCGAAUGACAAAACGAUAAGAGACAAAACUGAUAACUGAUAACCUCUAAAAACGUUCUUUCAACUUGGCUAAGGAUGGAUGAAGAUGAGGACGAUAUUGUUAAGAUGCGACUUGAAAAUACGCAUCUAAAAGGCGAACUAAAGAAUGCACAGCUACAGAAAGAGUUGGAACUCGAGAAGAUAAAGGGCAAAAUGGAGCUCAAAAUAAAACGGUUAGAGUGGGAACUCGAACAGAUAAAGCUCAAAAAAGAGUUGGAACUCCAACAGUUAAAGGGUAAAAUGGAGCUCGAAAAAGAGUUGGAACUCCAACAGUUAAGAAGCGAUAUUAGAGCUAACCAAAUAAAAUUUAAAGCGGAAAUUGAAAGUUUGACCAAUGAUCAUGCCCGUGAAAACUGGAAUUAUAUCAAGAAACUUCAGAAAUUAGAUCUAAGAGUUUUUAUCAACAAAUUUGAAUCCGUACAUUGCCCAGGAGAAGAGUACAGAAAUACAAGAUUUUGGAAAUAUGUAGAAAAGAAGAAAGACCUUUUAUAUCUAUGGGGUUUUACCCCCAUUGAAUUCAUGAGAGUAUUCGAUGAUUUCUAUGAUUUUAUAAAUAAAUCGGCACAUCCUGUAUUUGAAAUAGGACAAGAGGUAGUGAUCCCAGAGAACUUUUUAAAUAAUUGUCAACUAAGAGUAUUGGGUUUUCUUUGGGAGAAAUAUCCUCUUCCUCUCAAACUAUUCAAAUUGAAAACAAAAGACUCAAGUGUAAAAACCCUUAACGAUUUGAGAAAAAGAGAAAAUAGAAAAAGAAAAUUAGAAUGAACUAACUAUUAAGAUAAUGUGAGUGGUUUAUUAAUAUUUUUCAAAAAAUAAAAUUCAAGUACAAAACUA